AUGCAAUCUUUAUUCAAAAGAAGCAAUUUCACUGAAGAUCGUCUUCUAUGUUCAUCAGGUGCACAACGUCACAGGUCAAGCUUAACACGUGGAGCAUUGGUCGCUUGUAUUAUUCUCGCAUUACUUGGCCUUCUCGUUCUCACAGGCACUGUGAUCGAUAUUCUGCACUUUUCUUGUGCUGAUUCCUCCGCUAAUCUAGCAACAAAUAUCAAUGAUGAUGAACAAGGUGAAAAACAAUCUCUCUUGCCAAAGAAAAAUUCUGUUCAAAUUGCAUUCAAUACAUCCGCAUUUCUUGCUCAAUUUUCAACCAUUCGCACACUGAAUCGCAUCUUUUCGAUUAAUACUAAUAAUAAUAAUGAUUCUUUUUCGUUUAUCAAUGGCAUUCGUGUACUUGCACUCUUUUGGGUUAUUUUUGGUCAUUUAUUUUCUUUUGGUGCGUUCUAUUCAAGUAAUUUACUGGACAUUAUCGCCUGGUCUAAUAAUCUAGCCUUUCAACUUAUUCUGGGUGGUCAGUUCAGUGUCGAUACAUUCUUUGUUCUAAGUGGGUUUUUGACAGCUAUCGUCUUUGUUCGAGAGGCUGAUAAACAAAAAUUUUCAUUUCGAUUCGUUCUCCUUUAUUAUAUUCAUCGAUAUAUUCGUCUCACGCCAGCCUAUCUACUUGUCAUUCUCAUCAGCAUUAAUUUAACGCCUUAUUUCGGCAACGGACCUGCUUUUCCAUUUGAACAAGGAUUUGAAUCAAAUGGAUGUCGUAAUCAAUGGUGGUGGACAUCAAUUCUCUAUAUUAGUAAUUUGGUUCAACCGGACAACAUGUGUCUACCCAUCACGUGGUAUCUUCAAAAUGAUAUGCAAUUUCAUUGGUUAGCUCCACUUGCUCUAGUUCCAUUUAUUAUGAGACGAAAAUCAAUCGGGUUCUGUGUUAUUAUUCUCUUCGUUUCUGUCAGUAUUGGGUCUAUAAUUGGACUUCUUCUUCAUUAUCCGUACAUGACAGCCAAUAUCUUCCAACCAAACACACCGGAUCAAGGGCUCACUUAUGAUGACACAAUCUAUAUGACUCCAUGGUGUCGCAUUUCAGCCUAUGCCAUUGGUAUUUUAACUGGUUUUGUUCUCAUCCAUACCGGUCGUUCCUAUCGUCUCAAUAAGUACGUGAUCCUAAUUGGCAGUCUUAUUGCUAUUCUACUUGCAAUGACUUGUAUAUUCGCCAUUUAUCCUGACUAUGUACUUGUAGAAGGUAUAAGUCGAUCGUCAAGAAUUGCUUAUGAAGCACUCUCACGUC